GCCUGUUGAAACUAUUUUAACUUCCACCUAAAUCAGUGCAAGCUACAGAAAUGUCUCAGCAGGGCGCCGCACUUCAAAAUUAUAAUAAUGAGCUCGUUAAGUGUUUCGAAGAACUUUGCGAAAGGAGAGAGGACCUUCAGCGCCAGAUACAACAAGACGAAAUGGAGCGCUCAAAGCUUCAGCGAGAAAUCAACAUAUUAACUGAAAAGUUAGCAGUAGUAAAUGAUGGCUUGCAGAAGAAACUGGCCACUAGGAGCGAAUACGACCGAACGAUUGCUGAGUCAGAGGCUGCUUAUAUGAAGAUUUUGGAAAGUUCACAGACCCUUCUGACAGUUCUGAAACGAGAAGGUCAGAACAUUGUUCAACGAGCGACUACUAAGAAUGUUUCAUUUUGAGUGUAAUCUCUUUCACUUCCACUUAAACGAUCAUCAUUUCUGACAAGCAUGUUCAGCUCUGCCUGGUUUCCUUUUUUAUGCCGUCAUGCUGCUCGCAUACAUUGAGGAGGCCAAUUUUCCCUCCUUACCUUAUAUGCGCAAGCAAAACGUGCUGUCAGCGUUUUCGAAUCACUGCGAUGGAACUGAUGCACGCCGCUCCUCCAUAUUUUUUGUUUACUUCUCGUGGGGUAAAACUCCUUGCUCGCUUCGGUAACCCUAUCUGCCCAUCUGUCCAUGAUUUGUGCGUUUCGCGCCGUCUUCUUACGCCUGUGGCCCGGAUCAGGCCACAUGGAUCCUUUACUUUCCAUUUUUUCCACCACGUUUGUUUCUAUGUACUACAACGGGUGACGUUGUGCAUUUACCAUAGUAUGACAUAAAUAGGAUGUUCUCUUGGCCA